UCAAAUCUUCUUAUAAUCAAUUAAUUUAUGCACCCAUGCUGUCAAAAGAUUAAUUUAUGCACCCUUUCAAGUUUGAAUAUACAUCAGAAUGUGAUUCCUGUAUGUCUAUAAUUUGGUCCCCAUUUCUUUCUCUUUUAAAUUUUAACCGAUUACCUCUGAUUGUCCCAAAUUGUGGAACGAUAUUGCAGAUUUAGUGUAUCCAUAAAUCUAUUUGUGCUGAUGUUUUGAAAUUUUUUUAAGCAGGUACAUGUUGGGGAAGAUACUUACAAGGUUAAGUUUUGGGGAUUUCCAGUGGUAGAGAGAAGAAGAGAAAAAUAUGGACCGACUCAAUGGUUCUGCCAAUUUGAUGAUAGUGUCAGAUCUUGAUUUCACUAUGGUAGACCAUGAUGAUCAAGAAAACCUUGCUCUUCUCAGGUUCAAUGCCCUAUGGGAAGCUUAUUAUCGUCAUAAUUCUCUGCUAGUGUACUCCACUGGGAGAUCGCCUACCAUUUAUAAAGAGUUAAGAAAACAAAAACCGUUGUUGACUCCUGAUAUAACAAUAAUGUCUGUGGGAACUGAGAUUACAUAUGGUGAAUCCAUGGUACCUGAUGAUGGUUGGAAACAGUACCUGGAUCAUAAGUGGAACAGAGACAUAGUUAUGGAGGAAACAGCCAAGUUUCCUGAUCUAACUAGUCAAUCAGAAACAGAACAACGGCCUCACAAGGUUAGCUUUUAUUUGGAAAAAGGGAAGGCCCCAAAUGUCAUGCAAGCUCUCUCAAAAUGUUUGGAAAAACGUGGGUUAGAUGUGAAAAUAAUUUAUAGCAAUGGUAUUGCUUUGGAUAUAUUACCCAAAGGUGCUGGAAAAGGACGGGCACUUGCUUUUCUACUUGAAAAACUGAAAGCUGGUGGACUAGGACCACUCAACACUCUUGUUUGUGGGGAUUCAGGAAAUGAUGCUGAACUGUUCACUGUACCUGAAGUUAAUGGGGUCUUGGUCAGCAAUGCACAGGAAGAAUUGCUUCAAUGGUAUGCAGAAAAUGCAAGGGGCAAUCCCAAAAUAAUGCAUGCAACUGAAAGAUGUGCAGCUGGCAUUAUGCAAGCCAUUGCUAACUUCUCUCUAGGUCCAAAUUUGUCUCCUAGAGAUAUUAGAGAUUCAAUGUUAAACAGGAAAGUUCUUGGUCCUAGCCAUGUAGUAGUGAUGUUCUACAUAUUUUAUGAGAGAUGGAGGCGUGGUGAAGUUGAGAAUCCUGAGCAGUAUAUACAAAAUUUAAAAUCAGUCUUUGUAUUGAAAGAAAGCGCAGAGAUGUUUAAAUUGAGCGAGAAAGGGCUUCGUGGCUUUGAUAAGAUAUACUGUUUUAUCAUAGACUCAUAGUUAAAAGUGAAAACACAACAUAUGAAGUUCCAGCUGAUCUGUGGUCUAUGAAGUGUAGACUUUUACAUCUCCAAUUAUUUUAUUGGAAAAUUUAAAUAAAGGGAAGUGUUUUUACAAUUUGAAACUAGAGGAACUUUUUACUUAUGUAUCUUUUGAUAACCUGAACAGGUGCCAAUGCUUUUUUUCUCAAUUUUUGUUUAUCUGUAGCAUUCUACAGGAAAUUUUGUCCAUCCCUCAGGAGUUGACCAACCUAUGCACCAAACUAUAGAUACCUUAGCAAAGGCUUUUGGUGACAAGAAGGGCCAAGACUUUCGAGUUUGGGUUGAUCGUGUAUCUUUUGCAGAGGUUAGUUUGGGUUCGUGGCAGGUCAACUUUGACAAGUGGGAGUUAUCU